GGUCUCCAAGCCCAUCGCGGCGCAAACACAUUUUGCCUGCGCUAGAGGCGAAGAGCUCACCAGGAGCUGCCACAGUCUUCAGGUUGGGCGCCAAGAGGUAUCCGGUGAUCGCUGCAUCGAUAAAGACAGCUCCCAGGCCGUAGCAGCAGGAAUUGGCGCCAGGCGGCGACCUAUUGACCGAAACAGUAGCGCGCCCCAGGUCCACGCGCAGCCUUCUCUCACAUCGGAUCGCGCCCCUAGACCACCAUGGCCGCCUCGAACGGCCGCCGCGUGUCGUACUUCUACGACGCCGAGAUCGGGAACUUCCACUACGGCCAGGGCCACCCGAUGAAGCCCCACCGCGUGCGCAUGACCCAUAAUCUCGUCGUGAAUUAUGGCCUCUACCGCAUGAUGGAGGUUUUCCGGCCGAAGCCCGUGAACGCGGCACUACUCACGAGGUUCCAUAGUGACGAUUACGUAAAUUUUCUCAAGAUCAUCACGCCGGACAACAUGCACGAGUACCUAAGGCAGUUGCAGCGCUUUAACGUCGGCGAGGACUGCCCCGUCUUUGACGGGCUGUUUGAGUUCUGCCAAUUGUACACGUCUGGGAGUAUUGGCGGUGCUGUUCGGCUCAAUCAACAAUGGAGUGAUGUAGUCAUCAACUGGGCCGGGGGUCUACAUCAUGCCAAAAAGUCGGAAGCGUCGGGGUUCUGCUACGUCAACGACUGUGUGCUUGGUAUUCUCGAGUUGCUCAAGCGCCACCAGCGCGUGUUAUACAUCGACAUCGACAUCCACCACGGCGACGGCGUCGAAGAGGCCUUCUACACCACCAACCGAGUCAUGACGGUGUCCUUCCACAAGUUCGGCGAGUACUUCCCGGGUACCGGGGAUGUACACGACGUCGGCUACGACGCGGGCAAGAACUACGCGAUCAACUUUCCGUUACAUGACGGCAUGGACGACGCCUCGUUCAAGUCGGUGUUUGAGCCGGUGAUCGGCAAGAUCAUGGAAAGAUUUGCGCCCGGUGCGGUCGUGUUGCAAUGUGGUGCCGAUAGUUUAUCUGGAGAUAGGUUGGGCUGCUUCAACCUGUCGCUGAGAGGUCAUGCAGAUUGUGUCAAGUACGUCAUGGGCUUCGGCGUGCCCAUGUUAGUCUUGGGUGGCGGUGGCUACACCUUGAGGAACGUCCCGCGCGUCUGGACGUACGAAACGUCGGUGCUCCUCGGAACGGAGAUCAAGGACGUCCUGCCGUACAACGAUUAUUUUGAGUACUACGGGCCCGACUAUAGAUUACAUAUGCCGGUGAGCAACAUGGAGAAUCUUAAUUCCAAGGAGUACCUGCAGCACGUCAAGGCGCAGCUCUUCUCGGUCUUGGACGACGUCGAGCCCGUCCCUGGUGUUCAGAUCAAGAGUGGUGACGCGAGCGCCAUGGACACGUCGGCGGACAACGCUGCUGCUGCGCCCGCGGCCGCGGCGGCGGCGCCCGUCGCCGCGGCGGUCCAGGAGGCGUCCGAGUCCGUGUCGCAGGCCGAGGCCAUGGACACGAACCCCGAUCAACGAGGCACGACGGACAACAAGGAGCACCCGGCGGAGUUCUUCCCUUCUGGUGCGGAAGGUGGCGGCGCGCCGGCGGCGCCGCCGUCUUAGGUUCCUGCUCCCAUGGCGUAACAAGAACUUUUCUAC